UUCUCCAUUGGCAUCCGGUCUCGAAGAAAAAGCGGAGAGGAGGCUUUCCUCUGCUUCGGUCGCUGCGAUACUCCCAACUUAACCGAUGCGUUCCUCGGCUUUGGUUCUUGUCUUCCUAUGCUUCGUUGCGGAUGCAGCCAUCGUGGAGCACACCUUCAAUGUGGGAAAUCUGACGGUAAGUCGGCUGUGCGAAGACAGAGUUAUCACUGCAGUGAAUGGCCAGCUUCCCGGCCCCACCAUAGAGGUUAACGAAGGCGACACUUUGGUGGUUCAUGUCACGAACGAGUCGCCCUACAACAUGUCGAUCCACUGGCAUGGCAUCUUCCAGAUGUUAAGCGCGUGGGCGGACGGGCCGAACAUGGUAACGCAGUGCCCCAUCCGCCCCGGGAACAGCUACACCUACAAGUUCAACGUCACCGGCCAAGAAGGCACGCUGUGGUGGCACGCCCACGUCUCCUUCCUCCGUGCCACCGUCCACGGAGCUCUCAUCAUCCGUCCCAGGGGCGGCCCUAAGCGCUGCCCCUUCCCGCAGCCCCAUCAUGAAGUCCCCAUCGUCCUGGGGGAGUGGUGGAAGGCCAAUGUGGUCGAUGUCGCAGACGAGGCCUUUCUUACCGGUGGGAACCCCAACAUCUCCGACGCGUUCACCAUCAACGGGCAGCCCGGUGACUCGUACGAAUGUUCCGAGAAGCACACCUACAUGCUCAAAGUCGUCGCAGGGAAGACGUACAUGCUCCGCAUCAUCAACUCUGCACUCAAUAAUCAGCUCUUCUUCAAGGUCGCCGGGCACAACUUCACCGUCGUGGCGGUGGACGCCAGCUACACCAAGCCCUACAAAACCGACGUGGUGGUCAUCGCCCCAGGGCAGACAGUCGACGCCCUCAUGGUCGCCGAUGCUGCCCCGGGCAGAUACUAUAUGGCCGCGCGCCCAUACAUCAGCACGGGCCCUCAGGGCCCUCCCUUCGACACCACCACCACCACCGGUAUCGUCAAGUACAAGUCCGCCCACGGUUCUUCGCCUCCUGCGAUGCCCACCAUGCCGCUCUUCAACGACACCGCGACCGCCCACCGGUUCUUCACCGAGAUAACCGGUCUCCUUAAGCCGGGCCUACCCACCGUCCCUCUCGUCGUGGACGAGCAGAUGUUCGUUACCUUCGGGCUGGGGCUUGCUCCCUGCGAACCGAGCCAAGUCCGGUGCAACAGGACCGCGGGUUCUUUCGCUGGAAGCAUGAACAACGUAUCGUUUCGGUUCCCCACCACGACGUCGUUGCUGGAGGCGCAGUAUAAGGGUGUGAGCGGGGUGUACACGGCCGACUUCCCCAACAACCCGGCGGCUCUCUUCGACUUCACCAACCUCACCGUGAACACCGACCCGUCCCUGCAGCCGUUGCGGUCCACGGUCAAGGGCACCAAGUUGAAGAAGGUGAAGUACAACGCGACGGUGGAGAUGGUGCUGCAGAACACGGCGAUCCUGGGGACGGAGAACCACCCGUUGCACCUCCACGGCUUCAACUUCUUUGUGCUCGCGCAGGGCUUCGGGAACUUCAACGCGACGGCGGCGGCGAGCAGCUACAACCUGGUGGACCCGCAGGUGAGGAACACUGUCGCGGUGCCGGUGGGCGGAUGGGCCGUCAUCCGAUUCGUCGCCAACAACCCAGGUGUAUGGAUCCUGCAUUGCCAUUUGGACGCCCACUUGCCUUUCGGGUUGGCCACAGCAUUCGAGGUGGCGAACGGACCCACCGCCGAGUCGACUCUGCCUCCACCGCCGCCGGACUACCCCACUUGUUAACCAGCAGACGCCGAUAGCAAACGAGCUAUAUUUCCUCGCCUCACGAGUUGUUCGAUGUCUAUUCUUUGGGUGUCUUGCACGUAACAAUGACACCGUACGACUUCAAUUCGUCCACAGAGUAUAUAUUCUAUAGUAAAUUGCAACAUGCCGUAUUUUCUCGCAAUAAAACAUCAUCUGCGGAUUAAUUCGAC